AAUUAAACUUCAUGUUUAGGCUGAUGGCUUUGCCAAUGCCUUAAUAAAGAAAAAAAAAAAAAAAAUAUUUUGCUAAUUCUGUCCAGAAUCAAUUUUAGUUCUCUUCUAAGUGAAGUCUGUAACUGAAAAUAACCAGUCAUAUUCUGAAUAAUAAACUCAUGCGUAUUCAACUUUGAUGUUAAUGGACUCAUCAAUGGUAUUGAUGGAGCUUUAAAGAAAAAUUGUGUAUUUAUUAUGUUUUAUAUGCCAAAUGUGUUUAGAAGAAUGAAUAAAGAUAAGUUGUCCAGUAAAUCGUUAAGAUAUGCCGCCAGGUUGCGGGAAAGCCGAGGAAUAUGUUGUACAGAAAUUCCUGGGCCAAAUAUCAUCAUUUGUAAUGCGGGACAGGCAGUUGGGCUCACAAAAGAGCAUAUGAUUGAGCAGAUGGUGGCCUAUGGUGUGGACGUUAGUACACUAAAGAAAUUUGUGUCAGUAAAGGGAGAAUGUUUCGCUUUCCUUGUGUUUAACAGUACGGAGGCUGCUGAGGUGUUCUUUAAAAAAGUAAAUGGCCGUCGUCUCUCAGGGGACAUUGGAGGGGAAAUCGUAUAUCAGUAUGUGGAAGAAAGUUCUGUUGUGGAUGAUGAGUACAUAUGUCUCUACGAUAUUCCCAAAGGCCUUCAUUUAUUGAAGGAAUUUUUGACCAAAGAAGAAGAGCAUCAAUUCUAUUCACAUUUUGAUUGGAUGGAAGCCCCAAAAAAAGAUAAGAAGCUGAAGAAUCGUCUUGUCAAACAUUUUGGAUAUGAAUUUAGAUAUGGAACCAACGAUGUUGAUUUGGAUAAUCCAUUGGAAACAAAGAUUCCAGAUGUUUGUAAUGUAUUGUGGGAACGAUUGAGAGAACAUGGAUUCGAUUUGGGCAUACCUGAUCAGCUGACUGUGAAUAAAUAUUUGCCUGGACAAGGCAUUCCUUCACAUGUGGAUAAGCACAGCCCCUUUGGUGACACUAUCUUGUCUUUAUCUCUGGGGUCUUCAGUAGUGAUGGAUUGGAAACAUCAUACUGGCAAAUAUGUUCCAGUUGUGGUACCAUCUCGUUGUUUGUUGGUUAUGCAGGGCGAGGCGAGAUAUGAUUGGCAACACGGGAUAAACACUCGAAAGUGGGAUCCGGUCGUGGACGAGAACCGCGUAAUGACGAUCAACGGUGAAGAGAAACGUGUACGCGUGGUUACCAGCGACUCUGUACCCCGCCAGACCCGCAUAUCACUAACGUUCCGUUGGACCAGAAGAGGCCCUUGCGAAUGUAUUUAUAAGACCUUGUGCGAUGCCACUGACAAAAAAGAGAUUACGGAGGAAUUGGCUGCCAAUUUGGAGGAAUUGCAUGUUCAUAAGGUGUAUGAGCAAAUAGCCAGUCACUUCAAUAUGACACGUCACAAGGCUUGGCCGAAAAUUGCACAUUUCAUGAAGCGCCUCGACCCUGGAUCUAUUUUGCUCGACUUAGGAGCCGGAAACGGCAAGAAUUUCGCGAAUAACAAUGAUAUUUUUCAAAUAGCUGGUGAACGCUGCAGUGGUCUACUUAAGGAGUGCAAAGAAAACAUGAAAUCACUUAAGCUCUCCAAUUGCAUCAGACUGGACCUGCUCAACCCGUGUCUGAUAGACAAUUGCGCUGACGUCAUCUUGUGCAUUGCCGUAAUACAUCAUUUCAGUAGCCUGGGAAGGCGACAACAAGCCGUGUCAACUAUAUGUCGUUUGUUAGCCCCUGGGGGUGUAGCACUGAUUACCGCGUGGGCUAAGGAUCAGUCGGAUUCACACUACUUGCACAAACACAGGGAGCAAAACCCUAUGGAUGAAAUCCGAUCCAUCGGAGCCAGUGGCCUGACACUACCUGUUCACGAAAACAGGACUCAGUUCAAACAUAACGACAUAUUGGUGCCAUGGAAGAUGAGGUACGCAGGUGAAAAGAAUUCAAACGAUAUCGAGAGCGUAUUUUAUAGAUUCUACCAUGUGUUCGAAGAAGACGAAUUAGAUGAUUUAUGCAAGGAUGUACCCGGCAUUAAAAUUCUAAACAGUUUUAAAGAGGAUGGUAAUUGGUGUGUCAUAAUUACGAAAGAAAGCGACAAAAGAAAAUCUGAUAAAAGUAGGAAAAAAACAUCAAAGUAAAAAAAAUCCGGAUGAAAACGAAAAUAUGCACGAUUAAUAACGAAUAAUACAACAUUUGAACAUCUGUAUUUUUUAAUUUCUGAAAAAACACCUACAAAAAAUGAUUAUAUUAUCA